AUGUUUAGAAAAACAAAUGUGUUGCUCCAGAAGGUGGCUUUCAACAUCAAGCCGUACAAGAACAUGUUGAGAGACCCUUCGACGAAAUACGCCCAGUUCAAAGGUGUCCAGCUUCCUAACAGAACGUGGCCCAACAAAAGAAUCACAAAGGCUCCUCGGUGGCUCUCGACAGACUUGAGGGAUGGAAACCAGUCCUUGCCUGACCCCAUGUCGAUCGCAGAAAAGAAGGAGUACUUCCACAAAUUGAUCGAGAUUGGAUUCAAGGAAAUUGAGGUUUCUUUCCCCUCGGCCUCGCAAACAGACUUUGACUUUACGAGAUAUGCCGUGGAGAACGCUCCAGAUGACGUGGCUAUCCAGGUCUUGACACAGUCCAGAGAACACUUGGUCAGAAGAACCGUUGAGUCUGUCACAGGCGCCAAAAAGGCCAUCAUCCACAUCUACUUGGCAACAUCGGAUGUCUUCCGUGAUGUGGUGUUCAACAUGAGCCAAGAAGAGGCGGUGGCCAAAGCUAUUGAGACCACGAAGUUGGUGAGAUCCUUAACCAAAGACGACCCUGCGCAGCAGAAGACAGAGUGGACCCUUGAGUUCUCGCCUGAAUGUUUCAGUGACACCCCUACAGAAUUCGCUGUGCAGAUCUGUGAGGCAGUCAAGGCUGCGUGGGAACCUACCGUGGAAAACCCAAUCAUUUUCAACUUACCUGCUACUGUGGAAGUGGCGUCUCCUAACGUUUACGCUGACCAAAUUGAGUACUUCUGCAAUGAGAUUUCCGAGCGUGAGAAGGUUUGUGUUUCUGUUCACCCUCACAACGACAGAGGCUGUGGAGCCGCCGCUGCUGAAUUGGGCUUGCUUGCGGGCGCAGACAGAGUGGAAGGGUGUCUUUUCGGCAACGGAGAGAGAACAGGAAAUGUGGAUUUGGUCACGGUAGCUUUAAACAUGUACACCGACGGAAUUUCGCCUGAGUUGGACUUCUCGGAAAUGGAGGAGUUGAUUGAAAUAUCUGAACGUUGUAACAAGAUAUCCGUUCAUCCUAGAGCACCAUAUGGUGGCUCUCUUGUUGUGUGUGCCUUCUCCGGUUCUCACCAAGAUGCCAUUAAGAAGGGAUUCCAAAAGGCCGAGAAAAGAUAUGCUGCUGGUGACCACAUGUGGAAGAUCCCUUACUUGCCAUUGGAUCCAAAAGACAUUGGCAGAAACUACGAGGCGGUGAUUCGGGUGAACUCUCAGUCCGGAAAAGGUGGUGCAGCAUGGGUCAUUUUGCGUUCUUUGGGCUUGGACUUGCCCAGACCUUUGCAAGUGGAGUUUUCUUCCAUUGUGCAAAACGAGGCAGACAAGUUGGGCCGCGAGUUGAAAACGGAUGAGAUCAAUGCUCUUUUCCAGAAGCACUACAUGUACCUUGGAACAUCCACUUUUGUCCUUGGAGACUACACAACCACCAAGGCAAAGGGUGAGAAUGCUAACCGUGAGAUCACCGCAGACUUGCUUGUCAAUGGAGAAAAAAUCACGAUAUCUGGAAAGGGCAAUGGUCCUAUUUCUGCCUUUGUUGAUGCUAUUGCUUCAAAGUUUGGCACCAUGUUGCAAGUGGUGAAUUACAGCGAACACAGUUUGGGUUCUGGCACACAAGAUAAAGCCGCCACCUAUAUCGAGAUUUCCUACUUGGACUCCGAGGGCGUCAAGACCACAAGAUGGGGAUGUGGUGUCGAUUCCGAUGUGAGCGAAUCGUCGUUGAAGGCCAUUCUUGCUGUUCUCAACUAUAUGGUCAAGGCAGGCGAGCUUGUGGUGUAG